AAACAAACAAUUCUUGUUCUUUCCCCUUCCACCAAACUCUCUUUAAAACCCUACUCACUCACUCAUUCACUUUCUUGAUUUCUUCCUCUGUGAGGGGGAAAAGGAGCAAACUUUCUCUCACCGCGAAACACACAGUUCACACACACUUCUCGCCGGCCGCCAUGGAUGCUUACGAAGCUACUAAGACAGUGAUGUCGAGGAUCCAAGCUCUAGAUCCGGAAAACUCUUCGAAAAUCAUGGGCUACAUUCUGAUACAGGACCAAGGCGAAAAGGAGAUGAUACGGCUCGCUUUCAGCCCGGACCCGCUUCUUCUUUCUUACAUCGGCCAAGCCAAGGCCCGUUUGGGCCUCCCUCCAAACAGCCCCUCUUCAAACCCUCCGCCCCCUUUCUCCCACUCCGCCGUGUCAAACACCACUUUCCUCCAGAAUUCGCCGCGGGUGGUGGUGCCGAACAGCGGCGGGUUCCAUCUGAGAAACCCGCCGUCGCCGGCUGCCGGAGCUUUCCCGCGGAGCAGGGCCUGGCUAGAUGACGACUUCGGCUACGAUUACCGGUUCCCGUUUCUCGAUAACCCGGCCGCGGCGGAACCGGUGAUGAGCCCCGGCGGGAGGAGCGAUUCUCUGGUUUUCCCUUACGGCGAGGACGCCGCCGGCGGUUCGUCUUCCCCUCAGCCGCAGCACCCGUUUCACAAGAGGAGUUAUUCGGUGAACGACGCCGCGUUUAUCUCGGAAGGGGGUCUGUGGAGGCCUUGCAUGAACUUUACGAGAGGUUUCGGCAAGAAUGGUAGUGAGAGUCAGUUCUUGCAAGGCGAAUCGGGUGGCGGGGUCGACCCGGUGGAUCUUGGGUCGCCCGGGAAGAGUUUUUCCGGGUUUGAAGAGCUGCUGAGGCUGAAAGCCCUUCAGCAGCAGAGGUUUGCGUACAUGGCCUCCGGCGGCCACCGUCCUUUCUCCUACAACAAAUGCAUGGACGCUAUAAAUGAGAAUCCAAGGAGUGAUUUUUCACCGUUUGGAUUGAAUUCUAGUGCCAACUCGUGCGCCCGUCAAAUUUACUUGACAUUUCCAGCUGACAGUACAUUCAAGGAAGAAGAUGUUUCUAGUUACUUUAAGUGGGUGAUUGAAAUCGAACUCAUGUUUGGACCUGUGCAAGAUGUAAGGAUUCCAUUUCAGCAGAAAAGAAUGUUUGGGUUCGUGACAUUUGUGUAUCCCGAGACCGUGAAACUCAUUUUGGCCAAAGGGAACCCUCAUUUUGUCUGUGAUUCUCGUGUUCUUGUCAAACCUUACAAGGAGAAGGGCAAAUACAAAGAGAAGAAACAACAUUUGCAACAGUGCUUAAGCCCUUCUGGACUUGAUUCUGGGGAACACUUUGACACCCCUUUUGGGCCUAGAAUGUUAUUAAGCCCACGAGAGAUGAUGCUGAGGAGAAAAUUGGAGCAGGAGGCAGAAAUGCAGCAGGCCAUUGAACUCCAGAGCCGAAGAAUGAUGAAUUUACAAUUGAUGGACCAGAAAAGCGAAAACCAUAAUUUCCAUUAUCUGCAGAGUUUCCCCUCUAGCAUUCCGGAUCUAAUGAAUCAUCAUCUUAGAAAUUCCUCUGGUUCCAUUAAUCAAGAAAAUUUAGAUGAAUUUGAUGGCUGCAAAGAAGCAGCUGUUGAAGCUGAUGAGAAGAAUGUGCUGGAAGGUCACAAAUUUUUGGUCGACAGCAAUAUUGAUGGUGGAGAUAUGCUGAAUCGGGGGAAUAGUGAUGAAUCUGAAUUCCAAGAAAGCUUGGAGCACGUGCUCCCGGAUAAUCUAUUUGCUUCGACUACAAUAUCUGCUGUUGAAAACCACUCGUCUGUUUCUUCACAGCCUCUGCCUGUAGCCAAUGACACUGUACAAGUUUCAUCUUCAUGCAAUGACCUCCUCUCGAGCAGCUCUCCUCUAACCAUAGCUUCUCUCAAAUCGUGUUACCUUCAAAUGCCUAGGUUUUCUUCCGGGCAAGAAGGCGUUGAAAUGUAGAUGGCAUAAGAGGUUUUUCAUGGCUAGGAAGGAGGAAUUUUUAGCUUAUUAGCUUUUUGGUAUGGAGCUCUGUUCUUCGACAUAUACUUUGGGAUAAUUACAAAAACUGCCCUUGGGAUACAAAAAAAAAAGACCCUUUUGAUUUAUUUUUUUUUAAAAAAUAAUUUUCCGUCGUGCGUACUUCAAUUUCCACGACAAAAGUUCUGUAUAACACCACUCUACCUACAAACCUCGGUAAUUUUGUAGCGAUCCCAUAAAGUUGUUAUAUUAAUGUGUUUUAUGAUGUGAAUGGA